UAAUGAUUUUAAAAUUUUGAAAAGUUCAUUACAGCGAUAUAAAAUGAUAUAUACAAAAUUUCUGAGCGAUAUCGUAAUGUAACAGAGGUAUAAAUUUCAGAGUUAACAGAAUAAAUACUUCUAAUUGCACUUCUAAUUGCAAAUUAUAAAGUAAUAAUAUAAUAAACAUCUGCUAGAAAAGUGACACAAUUCAACGAUUCGCUGUUGGAAAGCAAUAAUUAGGUACCUUAAAAUAAACUAUCUCAUGUUAGAAUACUUAAAAAUUGUCAAGAAUUUUCCAAUCUUGUCUAUCUUUAUUUAUAAGUCACUGUUACAUUUUCGGGAAUAUUGAAAUGGCAUAUACACGACGAAAUCAUUAUUUUUGUAUCGAUUUGGUAUUUUGUCAUAUAUUGUAUGAAGCUAUAUAUUUUUCACACAGACAAUACGUAAUAAUUUCUGACUUUACCGUUAAAUAAAGAUAGUAAAGGCUUAAAAAUACUCCAAAAAAAUUCUUCUACAUAAUCAAAUGAGAAAAUAUUUUAAAUACGUUUCUGCAAAAAAAAAAUGUAUAAAGACAAAUGAAAAAACAAAUCGAACGUCUAAUAUUAAUGCUUUGGUAUUAAUAGUUGACUAGUUGAACCGGAAGGGAAUUAAAAGAUGCAAUGUAAACAUUCGCAACAGUACAAUUUUUUGAGUAAAAUAUCAUUUCAAUGGCACACAUCACUCAGUUACGAUACAAUUAAAAAAUCUAAAAACCACAUUCCGAUUACAUUUACAGCGCCAGUCUCGGGUAGCUACUUACCACCAUCAACGAGCUAUGGCACACCGAAUCUAGGAGGAGGUGGCGGAAGCGGAGGUUACUCCGGUGGAUCCCCAUCGUCUUCUUAUGGUGCACCUAGCGGCGGCGGUGGUCGUCCAUCCUCCAACUACGGAGCACCGAGCGGCGGCGGCGGAGGAUACAACGGAGGUGGCGGAGGUGGCGGAGGAUACAACGGAGGCGGCGGAGGUGGUGUACCAUCGUCUAAUUAUGGCACACCAGGAUUCGGCGGCGGUGGCAGCGGCGGGGGUGGUGGCGGAUACUCGCCUCCGUCCAGCAACUAUGGAGCACCGAAUGGAGGUGGCAGACCCUCGAGCAAUUAUGGUGCCCCGUCAGGAGGCGGUGGCGGUGGAUUCGGUGGAGGUGGCGGUGGAUUCGGAGGUGGAAGACCUUCCAGUAACUAUGGCGCUCCUACCUCCGGAGGUGGCGGCGGUUACUCCGGUGGAGCUCCUUCGUCGAACUAUGGUGCACCGUCGCGUGGAGGUGGAAACGGUGGUGGAAGACCAUCCUCUUCUUACGGGGCACCGAGCUCUGGCCCGUCCGGCAGCUAUGGUGCACCGACUGGCGGCGGCGGCGGUGGUGGAUACUCAAGACCAUCUUCGAGUUACGGUACACCUAGCACCGGUGGUGGCAGUUUCGGAGGGUCCGGCGGAUAUUCUGGAGGCGGCGGUGGUUACUCUGGAGGAAACGGAGGCGGUUAUUCCGGAGGUGGUGGCUACUCGGGCGGCGGUGGCUACUCUGGAGGAGGCAGUGGCGGCUACUCUGGAGGAGGCAGUGGCGGCUACUCUGGAGGAGGUAGUGGCGGCUACUCUGGAGGAGGCGGAGGUGGCUACUCUGGAGGAGGCGGAGGUGGUUAUUCUGGAGGAAAUGGAGGCGGUUAUUCCGGAGGUGGAGGUGGUUACUCCGGUGGUGGAGGUGGUUACUCGGGAGGCGGCGGUGGUUACUCCGGCGGUGGAAAUGGUGGAGGUGGUCAGAGCUAUGCCAGCAACGGAGGUUAUCAAUAUUAAUCGCGGGAACCGUUCGCCUCGCGCGAGGACCUUCGAGCUUGUUUCACCUGUAAUUGAGUAUCAUCGGACCAAGCAAAGGGACUCGAAUGACUCGGAAACCUCCACGCUGCGACUCAAACACGGUAAAAUUAUUCUGAAGGCU